UCCUUCCCUUCCCGUCUAUCAUCUAUUUAUUAUCUAUCACCUGUCUAUCUCAUUUAUCUAUUGUCUGUCAUCUAUUUAUCAUCUAGCUACCUCUGUCAUCUAUCUAGAUCUACCAUGUUUCCCCGAAAAUAAGACCCUGUCUUAUAUUUUUUUGAACCCUGAAAUAAGCACUUCGCACUCAAAAGCCCAAUUGGGCUUAUUAUCAGGGGAGGUCUUAUUUUGGUAUCUAUCUAUAUCUAUAUCAAUCUAUCACUUUCAUGUAUUCCUGUCAUCUCUGUAUACAUUUCCAUCAUCCAUCUGUAUCAUCGAUCUACCAUCUAUAACUCAUCUAUCUCUAUCCUGUACCUGUAUAUCCAUCUGUUUAUCUCUCUCAUCUAUCUGCCCAUCUUUAUCAUCAACUCUCUAGUUUGUUCUUUGUUUUGGUCUGGUCUUGCUGUAGACUUUACUUGUUGGGGCCUUGGGGCCCUGCCCAGUUUGUGAUUUUUGUGUGUUUAGACAUUUUGGAGGCAAGUUUUGUAAGUCUUGACUAAAAUAUUAGUGGUUCAGUGCACAUUGUUUUGUGUCUGAUGCACCCGAACAUCCUUUUCCCUGCCACCAUUUGGGGAUGUGUAUGUAUACUUAUGUGUACAAGGAUGAAUAGAUAUAGAGAGAUACUUGAAAGUCAAGAAGAAACAGCUGCCCCCUUCUAUAUAGUUAUAAAUAAGAGAAUUUUAUUACAACUUUGUACAAAUUUUUGAACCCUAAAUUCAGGAGAGCUUUAAUUCCUGCCUUUUUAAUUCUGUCCCCAUAGCUGUUUUAGAAGGGAGAUAUAAGGGAAUUCCUUCUGAAACGUGUUAGCGUUCCUGCCAUAAAUGCAGCUGCAGCCAUGGCUCAUAUUCCUUUUUAUUGUCACUUUUGUUGGGAUCCUUCUGAACUGGUUACUCCUUUUUUAUUUAACUUCUCAGCAUUAUUUUGGUAAUUUCUAUUUACCUUAUCUGUUAACUUAUCAAAAUUAUCUCUUUAAAAGUAGCAACAUGGUGUGACAUUUUACGUAGAUAUAGUAAAGGUAAAGGGUUCACCUCGCACAUGCAUGCUAGUCGUUCCCGACUCUAGGGGGUGUUUUCAUCUCCGUUUCAAAGUCGAAGAGCCAGCGCUGUCCGAAGACGUCUCCAUGGUCAUGUGGCCGGCAUGACUCAACGCCAAAGGCGCACGGAACGCUGUUCCCUUCCCACCAAAGAUCUUCCCGGAUAACACAAUGCCAGCUGAGCGGAAGAAGUCAGCCAGCAUGGACGAAAAGGAAACACCAUUAAGUAACAAAGAGAAGGAGUUUGGCGAGAGGCGGUCAGUGAGCAUCCGGGACAGACCCAAGGAGGAUGUCAGGCUGGGCGUGAAGAGAGAGAUGCUCAAGCCGCCUGAAGAUAAAAAGAAGAAAAUGGAGGAGGAGAAGCGGAAAAAGGAGGAGAAGGAAUGGAAGAAGAAAGAGGAUGAGAAGAUAAAAUCGGAGGAGGAACAGAAGAGAAAGGAGGAGGAGGAGAAGCAAAAGCUGGAAGAGGAAGAGAAGAAGAAGCAAGAGGAAGAGAUGAAGCUGCAGCAGGAAGAAGCAGCUGCCAAGUUGAAAGAGAAGGAAGAAGCUCACCAGCUGCAUCAGGAAGCUUGGGAGCGCCACCAAGCCCGGAAGGAGCUGCGAAGCAAAAACCAGAACGCCUCGGAAAGCCGCCCGGAAGAGAAUUUCUUCAGCAGGCUGGACUCCAGCCUGAAGAAGAACACGGCUUUCGUGAAGAAGCUCAAGACCAUCACCGAGCAGCAGAGGGACUCCUUGUCCCACGACUUCAACGGCCUCAACCUGAGCAAGUACAUCGCCGAGGCCGUGGCCUCCAUCGUGGAAGCCAAGCUGAAGAUCUCCGACGUGAACUGCGCCGUGCACCUCUGCUCCCUCUUUCACCAGCGCUACGCCGACUUCGCCCCCUCGCUGCUCCAGGUCUGGAAGAAGCACUUCGAAGCCAGGAAAGAAGAGAAGACGCCCAACAUCACCAAGCUGCGGACCGACCUGCGCUUCAUCGCCGAGCUGACCAUCGUCGGGAUUUUCACCGACAAGGAGGGCCUGUCCCUCAUCUACGAGCAGCUGAAGAGCAUCAUCAACGCUGACCGCGAGACUCACACCCACGUUUCCGUGGUCAUCAGUUUCUGCCGCCACUGCGGCGACGACAUUGCGGGUUUGGUACCCAGGAAGGUGAAAAGCGCGGCGGAUAAAUUCAACCUGAGCUUUCCCCCCAGCGAGAUCAUCAGCGCGGAGAAGCAGCAGCCUUUCCAAAACCUGCUGAAGGAAUAUUUCACCUCGCUGACCAAGCAUCUGAAAAGGGACCACAGGGAAUUGCAAAACAUUGAAAGGCAAAACAGGCGUAUUCUGCAUUCUAAAGGGGAAUUGAGUGAAGAUCGGCAUAAACAAUAUGAAGAAUUUGCUAUGUCUUAUCAGAAGCUGUUGGCAAACUCUCAGUCUUUAGCAGACCUCCUGGAUGAAAAUAUGCCAGAUCUUCCUCAAGACAAACCUGUGCCGGAAGAACAUGGUCCUGGAAUCGAUAUUUUUACCCCUGGCAAACCUGGGGAAUAUGAUUUGGAGGGGGGAAUCUGGGAAGACGAAGACGCCAGGAACUUCUACGAGAACCUCAUUGAUUUAAAAGCGUUUGUGCCAGCUAUCUUGUUUAAAGACAAUGAAAAAUGUUCUCAGGCCAAAGAUUCUGGGAGGGAUGACUCCAGAGAACUAAAAGAAAAUAAAGAAAAUAAAGAUAUAUCCGGCACUGAAGACCUAGAACUGGAACUAGAAAACUUGGAUAUUAAUGAUGAGACCCUUGAUCUAGAUUGUGGAGAGGAAGCAGAGGAUCUCACAAAAAAACUUCUUGACGAACAAGGCAAGAAACAGGGAGCAGAUAGCACCGGAGCUGAAAAUAGUGACGGAAAGCAAGCUGCAAGAAAACAAGAAGAUGAAGAAACGAGCACCGGAUCACACCUAAAACUUAUAGUAGAUGCUUUUCUUCAGCAACUCCCGAAUUGUGUAAACCGAGACCUCAUAGACAAGGCAGCCAUGGAUUUUUGCAUGAAUAUGAACACCAAGGCUAACCGAAGGAAAUUAGUCCGGGCCCUUUUCAUCGUUCCUCGGCAGAGGCUGGAUUUGUUGCCUUUCUAUGCGCGGCUGGUUGGUACUUUGCACCCUUGUAUGUCAGACGUAGCCGAAGACCUCUGUUCCAUGCUGAAGGGGGACUUCAGAUUUCACGUGAGAAAGAAGGACCAGAUCAACAUCGAGACGAAGAACAAAACCGUGAGGUUCAUUGGAGAGCUAACUAAGUUUAAGAUGUUCUCCAGAAGUGACACGCUGCAUUGCUUGAAGAUGCUCCUGUCCGACUUCUCCCAUCACCAUAUCGAGAUGGCCUGCACUUUGCUAGAGACCUGCGGUAGAUUCCUCUUCAGGUCUCCGGACUCCCAUUUGAGGACCAGCGUUCUCUUGGAGCAAAUGAUGCGGAAGAAGCAAGCAAUGCACCUUGAUGCGCGCUACGUCACGAUGGUGGAAAACGCCUACUACUAUUGUAACCCUCCCCCAGCGGAGAAAACGGUGAAGAAGAAGCGGCCCCCCCUCCAGGAAUACAUUCGGAAGCUGCUCUACAAGGACCUCUCCAAAGUCACAACUGAAAAGGUCCUGAGACAAAUGCGCAAACUGCCUUGGAACGACCACGAAGUGAAAGAUUACGUGAUAUGCUGUAUGAUCAACAUUUGGAACGUGAAAUAUAACAGCAUUCACUGUGUAGCCAAUCUUCUGGCAGGACUGGUCCUUUACCAAGAGGACGUUGGCAUUCACGUGGUGGACGGAGUUCUAGAGGAUAUUCGACUAGGGAUGGAGGUUAAUCAGCCCAAAUUUAAUCAGCGGAGGAUCAGCAGCGCGAAGUUCCUCGGCGAGCUGUACAACUACAGAAUGGUCGAAUCGGCGGUAAUCUUUCGGACUCUGUACUCGUUCACGUUGUUUGGGGUGAACUCCGACGGCACGCCGAGUCUCCUGGACCCCCCCGAACACCUUUUUCGAAUUAGGCUGGUCUGCACCAUCCUGGACACCUGCGGGCAGUACUUCGACAGGGGAUCCAGCAAGCGGAAACUGGACUGCUUCUUGGUCUACUUUCAGAGGUAUGUUUGGUGGAAGAAAAGCUUGGACGUAUGGACAAAGGAUCACCUCUUCCCUAUAGACAUUGACUAUAUGAUCAGCGACACGUUAGAACUGCUGAGACCGAAAAUAAAACUUUGCAAUUCUUUGGAAGAAUCCGUGAGGCAGGUACAAGAACUGGAAAGGGAAUUCUUAAUCAAACUAGGUCUUAUGAACGACAAAGACUCUAAGGAUUCCAUGCCUGAAGGAGAGAACCUGGAGGAGGAUGAGGACGAAGAGGAAGGCGGAGUAGAGAUCGAAGAACAAUCUGGAAAUGAAAGCGAAAUAAACGACCCAGAGGAGGAGGAGGGGUCGGAGAAUGAUGAUGACGAAGGAGAAGAGGAAGAGGAAGAAAAUACCGAUUAUCUUACUGACUCUAAUAAGGAGAAUGAAACGGAUGAAGAGAACACGGAAGUAAUGAUCAAAGGAGGUGGGCUGAAACGCGUCCCCUGUGCGGAAGAUGAAGAUUUUAUUCAGGCAUUGGAUAAAAUGAUGCUGGAAAAUUUACAGCAAAGAAGUGGAGAGUCGGUGAAAGUGCACCAGUUAGACGUGGCCAUCCCUUUGCACCUCAAGAGCCAGCUGAAGAAAGGCCCUCCCCUCGGGGGCGGGGAGGGGGAGUCUGAAUCCGGAGACACCAUGCCUUUCGUCAUGCUGACGCGGAAAGGCAACAAGCAGCAGUUUAAAAUCCUAAACGUGCCGAUGUCCUCUCAACUGGCCGCGAACCACUGGAACCAGCAGCAGGCGGAGCAGGAAGAGCGCAUGCGGAUGAAAAAGCUAACCUUGGACAUCAACGAACGGCAGGAACAGGAGGACUAUCAAGAAAUGAUGCAAUCCUUGGCUCAGCGGCCGGCUCCAGCCAAUACAAACCGAGAACGGCGACCUCGGUACCAGCAUCCUAAGGGAGCCCCUAAUGCUGAUCUCAUCUUUAAAACUGGUGGAAGGAGACGUUGAUCCAGCCGCAGAGUCAUCUCACAUCAGGUCCCGUAUCUCCAAUGUUGUGGAUUAGUGGAGUCCUCCAGCAAUUAAACCGAGAGCAGCGGACACAUCUGAGCAUGUCAGUCUUCAAGAGAGUUGAGCGAUGGGCAGGCUGGGGGCCGUAGAGCAGGAUGCACCAGCCUCUUAUUAAAACAAAAAAAACACAAAAAAAAA